CCGACCAUGCGGCGUUACCACGACCUAUAAUACGUAACUGAACUGCUGGCAGCAUUUGCGGAAUACAGCCUAUAUAAGUAGAACUCAUCAUUUUAUCCGAUCUCUUCUCUCAUUUUGACAAGUAUGCAUACUUAUUAUCAACAACGCCCGUAAGUUGAAAGAAAACAAAAUAUUAGAAGUGUAUCUAGAUAGUGUGAACAAGUGGGUAAUCAUCAGGGUACAUUACGACCGUGAUGAGGGUUCAGCCAAAAACGGCGUACGUCGUCAUCAUCACGAGGAGUAUGGACUAGUGGAGAUAAAAAGAGGAAGAGUUUCGGCUGGACAAUAAUCAUAGCACAGCUGUUCCACGUCAACUUGGUCCAGGACUACAAUGAUUUCGCUUGCCCACAAUGCUCCAGUUCUUUAAAAAAGCUACUGGACACAGAGAUAGGCCUAAAUCUUUACACAGUUCACCUGCAAAGUCCCAAAGUCCAAGGGAGUCGAUUGGAGAUGGAUUUGUGGGUGUUUCCCUGGUAUCAAUACCAGCCUCAAUAUGCAGCUUCGAGGAGGAAGAGGAAGAUGAUCUGUUUGAAAAUGAGAAGAACCAGGUUCAGUCAUUUUGUUCACGCCUUUCCAAAACAUUACCAGAAAUUCUGUCGGACAAAAGUGCCCUUGGCUAUUUCAUCCAGUUCAUGGAUUCUAAAAAAGAGAUGGCACUGAUUAAGUUUUGGCUGGAAAUGGAAUGUCUUUGUGGUGCUUAUAAUAAUCAGGGCUAUCUUAAAAAUAGUAAUGAUAUUUGCAAAGGUUCAAGAGAACUUCAAAGUUUUACAAGUGAUUCGGAUGACGUUGAUCAAUGUGCUUGCAGUAUAAUCUCUAAUAGUGUCAGUGAUUCUGAACUUGAUGUCUUAUCAUUAGAUAGUAGUGUAAAUAAUAAUGAUCAAAGUUUGCAGAGUUUUAUAAAUAAAGUUGAAUCCAAUUGCAACUACCCAAAGAUUAGUCCAAUAGUAAAUAAUGAUGACAAAAAAAAUUGUAUAUGUAAAGGAUCAUCGUUGUACCAAGAUGCACUACGAAUUUACAAGAAAUACCUAAUUAAAGAUGAAUUCGGACCAAAUCGGAUCUCUGGAAAAUUAAAGGAAAAUAUUGAGAAAGCAAUUGAGAAUGGGAAUACGGAACUGCUAGUGAAUCUUUUAUCAGAUGUUCAGAAUAUUGUAUAUACAAUUUUAGAAAACGAGUAUAUCAAUGAUUUUUUAAGAAGUGAUUUUCAUUGUAAGCAUCAAAUUGAUGUUUUGACCAGUGGAGAUGUACAGUUAUCAGAUGUUUUGUAUAAUGAAACAGCCUUCUUUUAUUUUAUGGAGUUUAUGGAAAUAGAAAAUAAAAGAGAACUAUUGGAUUUUUGGAUGGCUGCAGCAAAUUACAAACAAACUUUGAUAGAGAAAGGAGACUCAGCUGACCCUGAUGAAGCUCAAACAGAUGCUCUUAUAAUUUACGACAAGUAUUUUAGUUUACAGGCGACUAUGCCAUUAGGUUUCUCAGACAAAAUUCGAUUCCAAGUCGAACAGAAUAUUUGUAGAGAGGAUGGCAAAGGUCCUCAACCAGACUGUUUUAAUAGACCAUGUCACAUUGUUUAUAACUAUCUAAAUAAGCACUAUCUUCCUACUUUUUUACAAUCACAGUUAUAUUAUAAGUAUUUGUCCGAGUUGAUUAACAGUGUUCAAAGUAGCCAAUACCCAAAUUUUCAUCCUUCAAUAGGAAGAGCAGAAUCUGAUUGCAGUAGUGAAAUAAGUUCGGUAAGUGGUGCUAUAGUUUGCGCACCACAUAGUAGCAAUGCAGAGAAAAAGAAAUUAAAGUAUCCUUCAUCUGUCUCUGGUGGUAUGAGCAUUGAUACAAAACAACUUUAUGAUCCUGAUUCUUUGUGGAAACGAAAUAAAUCUAGUUUAAGUGUCGGUUAUGUUGAUAAUUUAGGCCGAUUUUUUACUGAAAUUGAUCCUGAUCCGUGGCGUAAAAAUGAAAAAGAAUCUCGUUUAUCUAGAGCUGUGAAGAAACUUGUUCAUAUAGAGCAAGAUGAGGUAAAAGAAGAAUCUGCGUGGAAAAUAGCGGAAAUGAUUGUGCGUGACGUCACAUCCUUGACUCUCGGAAAUUCUAACCGUCCACCCUGAUGAAAUUCCCUGUAUAGUUGUUUUAAGCAUCGUUUAUUUUGUAUUUAACAAAUCAUUCAACUUGUGCUUCUAACGCUUUUUAAAAUUUUUAAUUACUCAAACACGGUACAAAAAUUAUUUGUUUGUACUUUAACAUUAUUUACAAAUUUUUAGCACAAAUUGAUUGCCAAAUCAAAAUUAGCAUAUCCAAUUUUGAUACUUUCUGUGAUUAUUAAAUUUUAACAACGUUUUCAAGUGCUUGAAAUUGUGUGAGAACAAAAAAAAGUGUUUUAUCAAGUUACGAAUUUUUCCAUUGUAAUGAGAUUUUUUACAAAGUAUUUUUUUAAUAUAAACAUCGGUAUUGAUCUGUAAGUUUUAUUUCUUGUUUAAUUUUAUAUAUUUUUCUACUGAAAUAGAGCAUGAAACAUGGCUUAGAUUACUAUUUUAUUGUGAUAUACAUAUAUCAUCGAACAAUGGAGAUAGAGUCGUUUGAUAAAGUUUAGUAACUAAGCCUUUUAAGAAUUUUAGCGUAUUAUUAAUAGCGUUUCACCAUUUUUGUUUAGUAAGAGUUGUUGACUGUUUCAUUAGGAAACUUAUUCAUCCUGUCGAUCUGAGGAUAAAAAAACAUAAACUUCAAGUAAAAUACUAUAGAAGAAAUUGUAUUUGCAUACAAGAAAAAAAAAAUCCAUGACUAUCUAUUUUUUUAAUAAUAUAUUUUUACGAGGUGCUAAAUAAA